AUAGGUGAUGCAACUGAGCACAACCACCAAAUCUCAUCAUCCCUCUUUAGAUAGACGCUUAGUUGCUGAAAUCUGUAGACCGACCGGUGGAGCUCAGCAAAAGCCCAAUCCUUCGCUGUCUGUCUUUCUUUCUUUAAGCUUUGAAUUUCCCCCUCUUUAUUGGGUUUGGGUUUUUUCUUUUGCUUCCUUGUUUUUUCUCUCGUUCUGUUUUUUUUUUUUUUGGGUGUGUAGUGGUGAGGCGAGGAUUUUGAUUUUGAUUUGACUUCUUCUGGACUUUCUGGGAAAAUUUUUUGAUAGAGAGAAUGACCAGAAUGCCAGUGCAAUUAGCCCCUUUGGAAAUUGUUCAUUUGGUUGGGAACUGGUGGGAUGAGAUCAAUGAGUCAACUCAGUGGCAGGAUGGGAUCUUCUAUGCUCUCUGUGCUGCUUAUGCCCUUGUCUCCGCUGUUGCUCUGAUUCAAUUAAUAAGGAUUGAGUUGAGAGUUCCCGAGUAUGGUUGGACUACACAGAAAGUUUUCCACCUUAUGAACUUCAUUGUCAAUGGAGUGCGUGCAAUUGUGUUUGGAUUUCACAAGCAAGUUUUUAUUUUGCAUCCCAAGGUGCUAACUUUGGUAUUAUUGGAUCUACCGGGACUUCUCUUUUUUUCUACUUACACCCUGCUUGUCCUGUUUUGGGCAGAGAUAUAUCACCAGGCAAGAAGCUUGCCAACAGAUAAGCUAAGAAUUUUUUAUAUUUCAGUCAAUUGCGGAGUUUACUUCAUACAGGUUUGUAUCUGGGUGUACCUCUGGAUAGAUGACAACAGUGUUGUUGAAUUCAUUGGAAAGAUAUUUAUUGCAGUGGUAUCAAUUAUAGCUGCAUUGGGUUUCUUGUUGUAUGGAGGCAGGUUGUUUUUCAUGUUGAGACGCUUCCCUAUUGAGUCUAAAGGGAGAAGAAAGAAGCUCCAUGAGGUUGGAUCAGUUACAGCCAUAUGUUUCACAUGCUUCCUUAUAAGGUGUUUUGUGGUUCUUCUUUCUGCUUUUGAUUCCGAUGCAUCACUUGAUGUUUUGGACCAUCCAGUUCUGAAUGUGAUAUAUUACAUGCUUGUUGAGAUUCUACCUUCAGCUCUAGUGCUCUACAUUCUGCGAAAGUUGCCGCCCAAGAGAAUAUCGGCGCAAUAUCACCCUAUUCGGUAACUGCAAUGUUUCUUCUUUCUAUUGUAGUUUUGCCGCAGGAAAUGUAUUAUUUUCAUGGUUGGAAGUAGGUGAUAUGGGAGCAUGUCAGAGCCAGGAAAACAAAUCCAGACGUAUUCUGGUAAUGGCUCAUGAUAGCUGGCUCAUGAUAGCAGCAAUUCUUUUUGCAUGUACAAUAGACAGCUAGUUGCAGCUUGCUUAAGGGAAGGUAUUUGAGUUGAUUUCACAAAUGGGUUUAUGGCUUUUGAGGCAUUGGCGUUUUGAUGCGUUGUAUGCAGUUUAUUUUUUUAGAAUUUGGUGGAAAGAAAAUUAGUUUGUGGUAGUUGCCGUUCACUCUCUGCCUUUAGGCCUAGUUUAAUGUUGUAUUGCUUUAUCGAAAAAUAUUCUGAUAUCUGAGACAUCAAAAGAAAAUUUGAUUAAAGGAGAACGACUUCGUUUUUAAAA